AUGAAAAAGAAAAAUUUCCAUUUCAAUAAAAUCCAAGAAAUUGAAAAUGCUAGCAACGAUCCACUGCUAUUUUGGAAAACAUUAAAAAAUAUCAGUGACGAUCUUGAUUUUAAUGAAACUAAGAAAGGCCCACAACCAAGUGAAUGGCUGAAUCAUUUUGAAACACUUCAUUCAGAACAUCAAUUAAACAAGGAACAAAACGAAAUUGUUGAAUGCCUGAAAAACUAUGAAAAAAUCAAAGACAACUUAACCGAACUUGAAAACAUCAUCACAGAAGAUGAACUACUAAAAGCAGCUAAAAAGUUAAAAUCUAAAAAGGCUGUCUAUAACGACAAAAUCAGAAACGAAAUGAUUAAAUCUAGUAUUGGAAUUCUCUCUAAAGCUUUUCUAAAAAUUUUUAACAACAUCUUAACAUCGGGGAAGUUUCCUGAAUCAUUGACCGAAGGCUUAAUAACCCCGAUCCAUAAAUCAGGAAACUCCCUCGAUCCAAACAACUACCGAGGUAUUUGUGUUUCAAGCUGCAUGGGCAAAUUAGUUUGCUCAAUUUUGAAUAAUAGAUUGAUGAAUUUCGCAAACGAAAUGCAAUUAAUUCACCCAACUCAAAUUGGACUCAUGCCUGGAAAUAGAACGGCUGACCAUAUUCUUACGCUGAAAACUCUGCAUGAUAAAUAUGUCAAACAGAGUGGAAAAGAAAAAAUCUAUGCAUGUUUUCUUGACUUUAGAAAAGCUUUUGAUUCUGUUUGGCAACAAGGCUUAUUUUACCAACUUAUCAUAAACAACAUAGGGGGACACUUCUACGAUUUAAUUCAAGACCUCUACUCAAACACGAAAUGUGCAAUAAAACUAUCUGAAAACAGAACACCGUUUUUUCCUUACAAAAAGGGAGUCCGUCAAGGAUGCAUUCUAAGCCCUUUAUUAUUUAAUAUUUACAUAAACGAUCUUCCAAAAAUGUUUCAACAAACACAAUCAGAUCCAUUUCUAUAA